UACUAGAGGUUCCAGAGUAUUUGGUUCCCAAAACAUUCUCCAAAAUUAGAGAAAACUCAUAAAACACCCUAAAACCCUUUCUGAAAUUUCCUCUCCAUUCAAUUCCUUCAUUCAGUCCAAUAAUGGCGUCUCGCUGUAGAUCCAUCUCCAAACCUGCUCUCAACUUUUUCAAAUCAACCAUUAAUAAACCUUCAACUACUACCAGACCAAUCCCUUCUGUUCAUCUUCCCCGUUCCUAUCCUACGUUCUCAAGGUUACCUACAGAAAUGGGAUGUGUACAAUCACUUUUACCAUUGUUCAGUGCUGUAUCUUCGUCUCGUUUGACGUCUUGUCUAGGGAUCGAUUCGAUAAAUUCAAGAGCACUGUCUCAGGGUACUUGCCGUUCAAUCCCAGGAGUUUGAUUUUCAUCUCCAAUCACUUUUUUAUAUCUAAUUAGGUCUCAGUGUGCCGCGAUAACUAAAGUGAAGUCAGAACUGAGAAGCCAAAAUGCUAGACACCAGUUGGGGAGGACUCUAAUGGAGCGAGACAUUGUUGGCUUUUCUUUUGCUGUAAUAACUUUCACUAUGGGGCGUCAUUUCCUCUUUCAGGCUUCUGCGGAUUUAGCUAUAAAACAAAUUCUGAACAUCAAUUACACACUACACGAGUAAAACAAUUUUCUCUGUAAGUGAACCAGUUUUAUGUUAUUCUUUGUGUUGACGGAUAUGGUAAUUAAAGUUGUACUUUGAUUUCAAACGUUGUUACAGACAAGUAGUUUUAUAAGUUUGCAUUCAGAUUAUAGUUUUGAAA